CUUUCUCUUCAGUGGCUGUGUUGCAUGAGGUUGGAAGCAACGAAAUGAAGCAACAUAAAGAAGUCUCUUCUUCUAGGAGAAAAUGCCGAAAGGCUCACUUCUCGGCCCCAUCAAGUGUUAGAAGAAAGCUUAUGAGUGCUCCCUUGUCCAAAGAAUUGAGGCAGAAGUACAACGUUCGUUCAAUUCCCGUUCGCAAAGACGACGAGGUUCAAGUCACACGUGGGCAUUUUAGAAGCCAACAAGUUGGAAAAAUCAUCCAAGUUUACCGUAAGAAAUGGGUUAUUCACAUCGACAGAAUCCAACGCGAGAAAGCUAAUGGUGCUACAGUUAGUGUAGGAAUCCAUCCAAGCAAAGUUGAAAUCGUCAAGCUCAAGCUAGACAAGGAUCGUAAGAGGAUUUUGGAAAGGAAAAAUAGAUCGAAGUUGGCCGAGAAGGGAAAACACACAGAGGAAGAAGUGCAAGCUAUGGCCACAGAAUAAUCAAGGAUAUCUACAAUGGUCAGGCUUCAACCAUCUUGCUACCUUGUAAUGUCUAAAUAAAAUCUUUCUGCAUAUU